AUGACUUCUAGUACCCUCCCUGGAGCCGAGCCGCAGCUGAAGUCGAUGGAAAGUUAUCUAACGCAAAGCAUACGGCUCCUCCAGCAGCUCCAGAAAGGCGAUCUUGCGGGAGCAGCACAAACAGCGGAAUUAAUCGAGGCAUCACGUACGAAUACUUCGAAGGGUACGGUUUCGGAGCACACGCCCGCGCGCGCGGUGCUCAAUUUAUACCGUGACGCACUUCUCAGCGCGUCUCAUCAACCAAGGGGCGAGGAAGAGGAAAGUUGCAGCGAUGAUGACGAGGUUGAGGAGAGCAUUCCGGACGCGGCGACGCGAGAAGGCGCCAUUAUAUCAAGCUCACAUAAUGAAUACAAGGAAUGCCCGCCAAGCAAUGGCAGUUUCCCCAGAAGCUCCACCACCACCACCAUCACCACCACUGAAUCAGAGAGCGAAGACGAAAGUAGUUCGACUUCCUCAGCGAGUAGCACGAACCGGGAGGAUCUCCAACGGCGCGUGGACCAUGUGCCCGUGCGGAAAUCCAUGGAUGGUCAUGAAAUCGAUGUAAACGCUCAGUUGCUUGAUAUUCUCUCGCAGAUAAAACGCAAAAUUCCUGAAGAAGGAACCAAUAGACAAUAUAAAGCGAGUAUGGAGCCCCCUGUGAAGGUACCGACGUCGGCGCCGCAACUCCAAACUGAACUCGGGCGAGUGGACGGCGCUACCCCUGAAGACGAGGUUCUACAGAUGGAGGCGGAAAUAUUCGCUGAUAUAGACCUACGAGUCCAACAAGAGAUGAAAAGGUUAGCAAUUGUGCGUAAGAACCGCUGA